AUGCAGUCAACCGAGCGAUUCCUUCUGCUAGUGGUGCUGGUCGCAGCUGCCCUUCUCUGGGCCGACGCGGCCGUUCCUCGCUCCUACUCUGAUGCGUGUGCCCUCUGGGACGCACGCUACCGGCCCGAUACCCAGAACCUGCCCCAGUGGACCGGUGCUCACGUGGAUAACUCUCGGUGUGACCAGGCGGGGGACCAGGCCAACGUGCUCGGGCAGUUGAACUGGUACCGCGGGGUGGCCGGCCUGCCCAACGUGACGGCCAACGCCACCAAGCACUCCCAGGCUCAGGCCGUGGUCUGGGCUUACAUCCUCCAACGAUGCAUCACCAUCGAGCUUGUGGACUGGUCGCAGCAGAUCAGGCUGGCUAACGUCAGCGCGCUGAACCCCCUGUUCGACGUGAGCGGCGCCUACCUCUACAACUACCCACAAGAAAUUCUCAACCCGGAGUUGACCGACAUCGGCGUCGGGACCUUCGGCAACCAGACGUUGGCCCCCGGAGUUGGCCAAGCGCUCCACAUGCGCACCAAUGCCACCACCGCCCUGGCACCCUCGGCUUCGGCUUGGUUUGCGUUCCCACCAGACGGGGUGAUGGAGAUCGCGGCCUUGAAGACCCCUCACUGGCAGUUCGCCACGACCCAGCCCCUCGACUCGGCAACAACGACGCUGUCGUUGUUCGACUUGAGCAACAACUUCACCAGAGCAGAAUACGUGGGGUACUCGGUCACUCAAGCCAACGGGUGGUUCUGGGUCGCGUUCUCACCGCCCGCCGAGCUGAUCACCGCUGGCCGACACUUCCAAGUGUACAUCACAUCUAACUUGACGGGUCAACACUCCUGGACCUACCGCCCCCAUCUUGCCAACUGCUCGCCGGGCGAGAGCGCCGACGCGUGCCCGGGCGACUGCUCCGAGUGCGGUCCAUUGCCGGUGCAGUUCCAGCAGGGCCAACCGGCCAAGUGCACCAACGGCACCUGGCUGGUGAGCGGCGCCCUCGAGGUUGGGGACGCCGAGGUGGUCUACGCCGGAAACGCCCCGGUGGAGAUCGUGGGCAACAUCGUGCUCCAGCCUACGGCGACCAUCCGCUUCUCGGCCACAGGCAAGGAUUCCUUCGGCGCCAUCCGCUUGAAUGGAACGCUGGUGGUGGACAUCGACUUCCGCCUGGAUACCCGCCAGGCCUACACCUUUACCAUCGUGAGCGCGGCUGAGGGCCAGUGCGGCGCAUCGGCUGAGACGCCCGCCAGACGCCAGACUGGCGGUCCGCUGUCCUCCUUUCAGAAGGUGAAGAUCAACUUCAACCAGAACCGCCAGUGCCCGCCGAACUACCGAAGCGCAACGUCGUCCACCUCGUACGCCGUGCUCAUCAAGCCGUCGUCGUCGGGCUGUGGUGGCGACGACAACACACUCCUCACCGCCCUCAUCGCCGGGUUGGUGGGCGGAGCGGUGGUGCUGGUGGUGGUUGGCAUUGUGGCCGGCCUGGUUGCGGCGUGGUUCAAGUCGCGCCGGAGGAGGCGGGCCAUGGCCAGCGUCCACGAUCGGCUCCGUGAGCACGAGAUGAGCGAGGUGGGGCCAGGCGUGUAA